AUGUCCAAAAGCAGAGGUUAUCUAAUUUCUGAUUUUGGUUCUUCAACUGUUUCUGUACGUCUACAUUAUGCAAGAAAUGUCCUAACUACAACCAAGGACAGCCUCUGUAUAUUAUUUUCUGCUGUCGUCAUAACAAAUGAUCACAAACUGUAUCCCAAUGGUCUUGUAACCAGGAAGUCUGACAUGGGCAUCACUGGGAUAAAAACCAAGGUGUUGACAGGGCUGUGUUCCUUUCUGGAGGCUCUAGGGAAGGACCUGUUUCCUCACUCAUUUGGGUUUUUUAGCUGCAUUCAGUUCCUUGCAGUUGUAGGACUGAGGUCCCCUAGCAAACUGAUUGUAGGUCCAUUCUCAACUCCUUCCCACCCCCUCCUGUUCUGAACACCCCCCCUUGGUCCCUCACAUCAGAUCAAGCCCUGCCAAUCCAGCCUUCCCAAAUCUCUGUACUUUGUUCUUUCCUCUCAGGUGCACUGUUUCAUUUUGGUUCUCAUCCUCUCGCCUAGGGAUUUACAACAUAACCUUGAUUGGAUUCCCUCUCUCCCAGUCCCUCAUCACUCAAAUGUGUCUUCUCAAAGCACAGGUCUGAUCAUGAAAAUGACACUCUUUUAUUUAAAGCUUUUUUUUUUCCUAUCUGGUCACAAUGUGCCCCUUAAAUCACAUCCUCCAUGGUGGCCUCCUAUCCUGCUUCACUUUCUGCUCCAAACACACCAGGCACCUUUAGACUCUGCCUUUGCCCAGGCUGUUCCUCUGCCUUGAGUUCUCCCCCAUUGAACUCAAGCUUGUCAAAAUCCACAGGUCAUCUUCAAAGUGCAGGUCAGAUGAGGCCUCCUCUGGGAGGACGUAUGUGAUUUGUCAGGUGGCUGUCCCCUCCCUCAGCGUUGAGGUGGCACUGAGUCCUGAGCUUACUUAUGUCCAUGCAUUGGAGUCACUUAUUUAAAUCUGUCUCCCUUCUGGACCCUGUGAGACAGAACUAGGUUGUCUUAGUCAUCUUUGUGUCCCCCCAACACACAGUAGGCUCCGAUGACGGCUGGCUGAAUUGACCUGAUCUUGUUGAAUUGGUGUGAUGUUUUUACGCAGCAGUGAGAUGGUGACUGUGGCCAUCUGUAGAGGCAGUGUGCUGACCGUCCGCCAUACCCGGUCAUCUGGGGUAGUGCUUGGCAGGACUCUGGAGACAGACCUGAAGAAGAGCACUAGCUUGCACCAGGGAUGGACAAGUCCCUGGAAAUUUGCAGCACGCCGGUUCUCCACCCCCUCCGCAUCCCGUCCCCUCCCUCCGGAGAAGGCCCUUAUUUGAGAUCUCUCUUCCCCUCAUUAGCUGAGCUUGCUGAGUGUUCCCCAGCUGCAGCUUCCUUUGGUCCUUCUCCGGCUUCCACUGUUUGUUUAUUUUCUUUCCUGUCAGCUUCUUCCUCUGCUGUGGUUGUAAAUAGAGCUGAUGACUGUCAGCUCCGGGGCCUGUGCAGUGAACCUGCCCCAUGUCAGUGGCAGGUCAGGUAGACUCUAGCAUCAGAUGCUGCGGGUUAGCCCUCAGGCUAAGAAGCUUCUCCAGGCACUGGCCCAAGCUGCCCAGCAGAUUUUGCUCCUGACCAUCCAAAUGGAACUUUACAGAGAGAAGCGUCAUGUGACAUGCUCCAUCCCCUCUGGGUGGGUGCUCCCUUUUGCUCCUGUUCUUGCCAUGGCAACCUCCUGGUCACAGGUUGGGCAGGUGGCAGAGGGGCACUCAGACUUGCCUGCAGUGUAGAGUGACGUGUGACACCAAACGUUUCAUGCAUUAUAGUCUUUCUUGCCAGCUUUUCCCUUCUCUUUGAGAAAGUUGGAGCUGUGCUUGGUCUAAAGUGUCUAGCUAUUCCAAAUUCCUAAGGCAGAGUGGCCUUGCCAGUUGGUCACGGAAGGAGAUGGAGACAACCUUGACAGCAGGCUAGGAAUAUGGUGCUUCAUCUUUCCCCCCACACCACCUAGUCAAGUGAUGUUUCCAGCCUGGUCUGUCUUUGAGCCAAGGCAGUGCAUCCUCUCUCCCCCAUGCCAGUUACCCGAGUUCACCUCCUUCCCCUCUGUGCAACUCAGGGGAUCUCCUCCCUCCUCCCUUCUCCUCCUCCUUCUGCCACCCCCCUGCUCUCUGCCUCUCCCUGAAUUCUCCAGAGCAGCCGGCCCCUCAGUGAUGAGCUGUCAGCGGGAGAGCCACACAACACAGGCAGUGGCAUCCUGCUUCAGUCUUCAGUCCUCCCCCAACUCGGCGUGGCAGUGCGCAUCAUCUAUCAGAGUGCCCCUCUCCCUCCCUCCGCCUCCCCACCCCCUUCCCUUGCCGCCAGCUCUUUCCCCGUUCAUGAGAUGCAAAACCCUGGCAGGCGGGCGAGCAGAGCGGAGCGGGAGCAGGAGCCGCACGUUGCAGCAGCUCUGCCAGGGGCGCAGAGGUGAGGUGGGCCGUGUCCCUCUGCCACCCUCUCCCAUGUACCAGGAGGUGGCUGACUCUGUCACUCAGGGCCUCACCGAGCCAUGCCCAGCUGGGGCCGGGGCCAGCCACACCUUCCCAGCGGCACUGCCCACCGCCAGACAGAACUCCUUAGCCUGCAGCCUCUCUGACCAUCCAGUUGGCAAAGACCUGCAGGCCAUGAGGACCGGUCAAAGACAGAACAAAGGGAUGAGGACCCGCCUGGGAUGCCUGUCUCACAAGUCAGACUCGUGUAGUGAUUUCACAGCUAUUCUUCCCGACAAACCCAACCGUGCUCUAAAGAGACUAUCCACAGAAGAAGCCACGAGGUGGGCAGAUUCCUUUGACGUGCUUCUCUCCCAUAAGUAUGGGGUGGCCGCCUUCCGCGCCUUUUUGAAGACCGAGUUCAGCGAGGAGAACCUAGAAUUCUGGCUGGCCUGUGAGGAGUUCAAGAAGACCAGAUCAACUGCAAAACUGGUCUCCAAGGCCCAUAGGAUCUUUGAGGAGUUUGUGGAUGUGCAGGCUCCGAGGGAGGUGUGUUGGCGGUGGCGAGAGUCUUGUAAACAUAGACUUCCAGACCCGAGAAGCCACGAGGAAGAACAUGCAAGAGCCAUCCCUGACUUGCUUUGACCAAGCGCAGGGAAAAGUACACAGCCUCAUGGAGAAAGACUCUUAUCCCAGGUUCCUGAGGUCCAAAAUGUACUUAGAUUUGCUGUCCCAAAGCCAGAGGAGGCUCAGUUAGACCUCAGAUGGGGACUCUUGGAGAUCACUGGCUUCCCCCCUCCCCUUGCUGCCAAGACCAUAUUCUAAUGUGAAAUGUCAUAGGUGUUCAAAAAGCAAUGGCGUUUAGUUUGGGAGCCUGGGGGAUGAGGAGUGGAUGAAGGGCCAUUCCAAAGUAAGAUCCAGUCACCAGAGCUCGGACUCUAUUCCAUUAACCCAUGUUUGUGUUUUGGUUAGCGGUAGCACCUUGCUGCAGUUACCCUCCUUCUGGGUCAGCAACUUGCCCUUCACAAUGCCUUGGGUCAUUUCUGCUGAGAAGGCAGAUUUGCUAUGCUGGGCUAAUGUGUAAAUAAUGCAAAUGCAAUUCCCACCACUUCCACACCCUCCUCAGUUAGGAUUCCUGGCUCUAACUUGUACUAUACCCCUGUGAGGAAUAGCUAGAAGACUCUGGCUCACCUAGGUGAUUUGCUGUCACAAUGUAGUGGCCAGUGCUAGUGUAGGAGAGAGGUUUGUGGGGAAUCCCAGGUUUCUAACGCUGUCAUUGACAGGUGGCCUCUGGGAGAAGGGGCAAACUUCAUGGAGCUGGCUAUUUCUUCCAUUUCCACUAGACCAAUGUGAAAAGCUGUCAUCACUGCCCAUCUUAGCCUAGGAAAUUCACAAGACAUUUUUACCCUCACAAUUCCAUGAAGGGUCUUGGGAGAUCUCUUAUAUGAUUUCUGAUGUGGCGUCUGCUUUUAAGAAAGAUACAGCUUGCAGAUCUUCCUUGAUUCUACCAAGAAGUAUUCCAGAAGUCGAAUGACCAGGGAACAUAGCUCCAGUAGACUUUUGUGCAAUGGGGCGCCAUAUAACCUCUCUGUUGCUUAAUGUAUUCUCCGCCGUCACCUCCCUGUGGCAUCACACAUCACUGAUCUCUUAGAAUGACAGACAGCUUGGCAAAGGGAGGUGAAUUCCCAUAGCAUGGACAGCUUUCAUGGUGCCUAAUACUUUCCUUGUCUCUCCCUGUCCCCCCUUCCAUGCAGGUCAUGUAAUUAUGAUGGGGGAGAAUGGGAACUUAGGCUGUAACUCUUCAGCUUGCUUCCUGGGAGCAUGCUUUCUUAGAAAGGUCUCUCUCAUGAGGGCCAUCUUGGCUAUUCAGCAACUUCCUUCUUGAUCUCUGACCUUUUGGGAUUGAACAUGGAACAGGAGGUGAGGCUAAGAUCACUGUGAACAUCUGGCUGUGCAGAAUCUUCCUAAAAUGCUUUCAUGGUACCCUGAGGCUCCUUUUGGAAAUGUGUCAGGAUACUCUUCCUUGGAGGGUGAGCGUAAAGCACCCUAGCUUCCUGAGAGAAAAGUGGACUACGGCACAAAUUUGCAGUGCCAGGGAUAUGAAUCCUCAGCAGAGAGACCGGAAAGUGGAAGAGGAGUCUGGAAGAGGCUGGUCUCCAGGUGGACCAAAUCGUAGAGAAUAUGGUGGAGUUACUAUUGGGAUAAUUCACAGCCGGUGGAUUUGGAGUCAUUGCAGAUCUCCACAACUUUCAGCUUGACUAAAUGAAAUAGCUGCGAUUAGGCGUAAGCUCUGGCGUGCAGGCGAUUGAGAACUGGGCUGAAGCGUUCUCCUUUUGUGGGGUGAUGGGCCUCUUUAGGUACACAGGAUUCUAGUGUUUGCAUUCCUGUCCAGUAACUGUGUGAAUUUCUUCCUUCCUUGGCUGCAGCUAGACAAGUUCAAGAAGGCUCUUGAGUCCCACUGGUGUUAGGGUCCAUUGCUCCGCCAUGACACAUUGUAUCUGUUAAGUGAGGGCUGGUGAGGCUGUCUGAACCAUCAAGGAGAGAACCCAUACCUCUUAGCCCUCACACCAAAGCACUCUGUAAAAUCUCAUGUUCAAGAACUCCGAUGCCUCAAAUAGGUGUUGUUAGUUAGAUCAGGUAGUGUUCCCCUGCCCCCACUGGUAAAAAACCAUUCUUAGCUAAAGCUGCCAGAAUUAAUUUAAUGAUCAAAUUCUUGAACAGGGUAUUUUAAACAUUGUUUACAUAUGAAAUGUACAUCUGCUGCCAACUCUACUGUCGAAUAUGAGGUGCAUGUAAAUUGGAACGGCACAGAGUUAUGGAAAAAUGAAAUGUUUCAGAGGGGCCUUUUUACCACUUCCACUAUCCCCAGGAGAAGUCUGAACAAGACUGUCGUGCAGUGGCCUCACUUGAGGCCUAGAGUUCUUGCCAACCAUUGGUGGAAUGAAGGCUGCAGAUGGUGGUGUCAUGGCGCCCAGUGACUUCCUCCCACGAUGGGGAGGCGUGAAGGACCAAGCUUGGGUAUCCUGAAUUUUGCCACUACGUGAGCGUAUGUGGGCAUGUGUCUGUGUGUAGAGGAAUGUGAUGGCUAUAUUUAUGGUACUCCCGUGGAGUGUCUGCGUGCGUGUGUGUGUGUGUGAGACCAUUGUGAGCAUGAGUCCAGGACACCACAGAGACCAUCUUCCCGUGGGGUAAAGCUGUCCUCACACCCUUUCUGUCCUGCUUCCCACAAAAGGCACAGAGCUCUCUGCUCUGAUGCCUAUGUUCAGGCACUUAGGUCAUGCCAACCCAGAUUUUGGUCUGUAACGAAACAAAGAGAAAUGUUUACAACAUCUAGAGCAAUAUCAAAGCAUACCUCAUCCAUGACCGUCCAUGUCUCCUGGUCCUGCCCUCUUGCCCAUCUCCUCUUCCACAAGCCCUCAUCUGCCUCGCUAGGUGGGCCUCUGUAGGUGCCACUUCUUCCAUUUAAGGUCUUCCUUUUGUCCUCGUGCCAGACUUGUGCUGUGGACUGCCUUCUGGGCUUGAGGCUUGCUCUGGGCCUGGGACCUCUGAAGACCCAGGGCAAGCCAGGGCAGGAGGCCAGGCAGAGCUGUGAUCUUUAGGACUGCUCUCCACCCCCAAGUGGCCUUUUGGCCCCACUUGCGCGUCAACCUGUUUUUAGGCUAGGUGUAAGAUUUCCCAUUGCCUUUGGCAAACCAAAUAGACCAUAAUCAGUAACAACCAUUCAUAGCCCCGGGGCACCUUUGGGGUGAGGAAGGAUCCUCUGAGCAUGCCCAGGCUCACCCAGAAAGCCUGUUACAAGUGCUCAUUCCCAGGUUGCACACCCAGAGAUGCUGAUCCAAAAGACCUGGGUUUUCAGACCCAGAAAACUGCAUUUUUAGUAAGUCCCCAUAGAUCAUGCUUUGAAAAAAGAUGUUCUAAGACAGUGGCUCCCACCAUUGGCUGCUCAUUGGAAUCACCUGUAGAGUUUUGAAAUCUAAAUGUCCAGGUCCCACCCCAGAACAGCUUGGGGCCACGACCGAAGACAUCAGCAGUUUUCAGAGCUCCCCAGGUGAUUCUACGUGCAGGUGAGGUGAGGAAGCACUGGCCUGAGGAGUGAGGAUGUGCAGGGCUGAGCUUAUGCAAACGUGUGGCCAGGAGGGCUGGAGCAAGCCAAGAUGCAAUCAGGCACAACACCCGGAACCCACCAGCCCUGAGCUUGAUUCGGGGAGGCUGCCUCUGUGCUGUCUCAGUCUGAUUCGCCCCUUUGAGAUCAAAACGUUCCAGCUGCAUGCAGUGUUCGGCAGCGGGUGUGCCGAUGGCGGGGAGCUCUGGAAGGUAUUUGAUUAAGAGAGGUUUUCCCACUCAUCCUGAGCCUCAUUCGCAGUGCUUCCUCCAAGCUUGCCUCCUUGGCUGCUCCCUCGUCUGUUUGCUCUCAUGCAGUCUGUGUUUGGCCGUCUGCGUUUGGUUGUGCCUCUGUAUCCAAGGCCAUGGGAUGACGUGGUAGUUGAAACUCAGGUAGCAGGGGAAAGGGUGUGUCGGGGUAAUAAUAGCGGAAGCACGACAACUUCCAGGUUUCUCAUCGGAGGGUCACCCACCCCAGGAAUAUGCUCUUUGGAGCUUUCUUUUCCAAGGCCACAGUGGGGCUUCAGUGCCUGCUGUUAGCCCUCACGAUCGCCUCUUUGGUCUCAGGCUGGGUGGGCAGAUGAAAGUUCCUAGUUGAUUUUAUUCUCUGGUGCUCCCCCUCCCCGCCCGCCCCAGAACUUGCUGCUCUGAAUAAACCAAAGCUGUGAAACGGUGUUCUGCCCCGGGCGGCAGGCCCAGCCUCCGGGAGCGGGGGCCGGGGUGUGCACAUGCCCCGGGGCCCUGGACUGUGAGGGAAAGACACGAAUCCAUUGUGUUGAGAGCUGGGGGGGGGGGGGGGGGGGGGGCGGAGAGACUGAAGAGGAAGGAACAGGGUGGGAAAGACAAAUGGCUGAGGUGCCGGCUGCCUCUCCAUGAAGCAGAAGGGAGAGGUGAAAGUGGCACAGGCAGAGGCAGAGAUGGUCCCCAUCGACACGAGCGCCCGGAACCAUCCUGACCCUGUCUGUGCCCACUUCCACGCAAAGCAGAGGAAUCUGAUUUUCCACCUGACACUCUCCUUCAGUGCGCAGAGCAUCAGCCCUCAUUAAAUAUGCGUCUCUCCGGGUCAGAAGCGGGAGAGGUGGCAAAAGUCACCCCUGCCUUUGAGAACCUGUGCCACUUGGCCUGAGAUCGUGGAGGAAGAAGCCAAGAGCAGAAAUGUCUUCCUGUCCCUGUGGCCUCUCGGGACCGCCCAGGGAUGCCGUGGACCAAGAUGGGAGGCUGCAGGACGGGGCCACUGGCCUUCCCAGGGUUGGGGGCCAGGCCCGCUCGAGAAACUGCUCCCUUGUGGAUCGUUACUCCCUUUGGACCCUUCGGCCACCUUCCGUGUGCCGCGUGCGGGGAAAGGUGGCCGGCGGCUUGCGCUCCAGCCGCGGGAGCCCUAGCUGAGUCACGCGGCGUGCACCACAGAUCCGUAGCCGCCCAGCUGCCAUGUAAACCGCUUGGCUGACGGAGUCCUCAUUGAGUUGUCUCAUUACUGUGCAAAGUGGGAUAAUGUCAUUCACCUUUACUAUAAACAAGGCUGUGAGAACAUAAUAAACACACCCUGAACACGC